AGAGGAGAGGAGGGGAGAGGGGAGGGAACAGCAGACAGGGCAGGGAGGAGAGGAGGGAACAGCAGACAGAGCGAAGACUAGCAAUACAGGACGAGGUAGAGUCCAUAGCCAGAGCGGAGAAGUUGCAGAGCUCUGAAGGAGGGCACAGAAAAUUCAAACAAUACAACACUGAGAGAGCGCGCAGGAGUAGUCGGAGAGAAUCCAGGAAGCAGGACUGGGAGCCGGCUGCAGCCUCCUAUCUUUUUGUUAUUUGACAUGCGCCUGAUCCAGAACAUGUCGACCAUCCAGGAAUACGGCCCGCUGGAAUAUACCGCCAACAACCGGGUGGUCAAGAUCGCAGUGAUCGGCGGCAGCGCCGUCGGGAAAACCGCUUUGGUGGUGCGAUUUCUGACCAGAAGAUUCAUUGGAGACUAUGAAAGAAACGCAGGUGCUUUAUACUCCAGACAAGUCCAAGUAGAUAGAGAGCAGAUUGCACUACAAGUUCAGGACACACCAGGUGUUCAGAUAAGCGGACCAAGUCUGAGCUGCAAUGACCAACUUAACAGAUUCAUACAGUGGGCUGAUGCAAUUGUACUGGUUUAUUCAAUCACAGACUACAAAAGCUAUGAACUGAUCAGUCACCUCCAUCAACAUGUCUGCCGUGUGCAUUCCGAGAGCAGAGUUCCGGUCAUAGUUGUAGGAAACAAGGCUGACCUCCUUCAUGCUAAACAAGUGGAACCUCACCAUGGCCUUCAGUUAGCAAACAUACUAGGAUGCACCUUCUAUGAGGUGUCUGCCAGUGAAAACUAUAAUGAUGUGUAUAAUGCUUUUCAUGUGCUUUGCAAAGAGAUUAGCAAACAACAAAUGAGCAGCAAUACUGAAAAGAGAAAAACAUCCAUUAUACCGCGACCAAAAUCACCAAACAUGCUAGAUUUGAGGAGACGGUUUAAGCAAGCUCUUUCUGCUAAAGUACGGACUGCAACAUCUGUCUGAGGUAGCAGCUGAAGGUAUUGAUAUUCUAAAUUAAAACUGAUGUUUCAUCAUGCAUGCAAGAGAUGAGGACAAGUCAAACUGAGCAUGAGAAGAUCUGGAAAGACAGUACAAUACUCAGUCAUCUGUGCCUUUGAUCAUUGCUCAGUUCGUAAAUCUAUGAAUUUUAUGAACAUCGUAUUCAUGGCAAAUGGUGGGAAUAGACUGUUGAACUGUCAGAAAUCCCUGACUCAACUUCUGUUGAGGGCUUCAUAGAAUUUGUUAAUACAUCUUUGUAUAAAAUGAAGAAGAUGCAGUGGUGAUGGAUAACUAAUUGGGACAAAACUCUGUUCUUUAAAACAGUACAUGUUUCUUUGUUUGUUGUAACUCUAAUUGUUCAAUCUGGAAAGAUUGUAUUUAUCACUUGAAUUGUUCUGUGCUUACGCCAAUUGCUUUCCAUUUUUUCUAGUAAAGUGACUUGCAUUCCA